AGGCAUUUGAUAAACUCAAUUAUUCUUUUCUUUUUUGGGAUUUUGAAUCUCUAUUGAAUAAGCAGGGAACGCCACCCCCUCAAUUUUCUCGUUAAAUCUCAACCAAAAACACCGGUUCUUUUGAGUACCCGUAACAAAAUUCAGCAAGUAUGGAAGCCAGCAGGGGGCAGAACGGUAUUCAACAGCUGCUAGCUGCAGAACAAGAAGCUCAGCACAUUGUCAAUACAGCAAGAAAUGCAAAAAUGGCUAGACUAAAACAGGCCAAGGAAGAGGCAGAGAAAGAGAUUACUGAAUUUCGUGCUCAAGCAGAGUAUGAGUUUCAGAAGAAGGUAGCAGAGAGUAGUGGAGACUCAGGGGCCAAUGUGAAGCGGCUUGAGCUAGAAACAGAUGCAAAGAUCAAUCACUUGAAGAAUGAAGCUGCACGGAUAUCACACGAUGUUGUACAGAUGCUUUUGAAGCAUGUCACAACUGUGAGGAACUAGGACAUUCCAUCUGAAGGUUUAAUUGUCUACUGCCUUCAUGCCUGUAUUUUAAUGUCAAAACAUUGAGCUCAUGUUUGGCUACAAUUUAAUGUCAUUAUUUCAAACAUGUAUUGGUUGAUCAUUUCCUGUUCUGAAAUAAAGUUCGAUGUGUGCACCAUGACAUCAUUUCUCUUUAUAUUUAUUAAUGGAAAACAAUUAUCACAUAGGUUUUCCAAAUCA